UCUGAGUUCUGAGCAUCAGUCCGUCAGCAUAUGAUGAUGCUAUGACGAAAUUUUCAGAAAUAACAUCUCUUUUUUCCUCGCUUGCUUCGAAUGCAGGAGCCCUAGAUCCAACGGCUACAAAUGAAGAUGAUGAAGAUCUCGCCAUCACGAUCUCCAAUCUGAAUCGCUCUCUCAACCUGAGCGAAACUCAACCUAGCACCAGAGUUCUGGACACUGCGCUCUCUCUCAUGUGCUUCACUGCUCCGCAGGUUUUCCAAUCGGUGUUUGAUUGCACGGUAAAGACGAUCGCCGCAGUUCUGUCGUCUUCUGUCGAAUGUAAGGUUAUUAAAAUUGGUAAAAAUGAGGUCUUGCGAGUUGGCGGAUCGAUUUGUAGGCAAGACUGCGCGGAAAUUAUAGAAGCAUGUGUUGAUGUUUUGGAAAAACUGGAAGGACAUCGAGGAGAUCUUUCUCUCUCAAUGGUACAUGCUGCAUUACGCAUGGUGGUACUGGCUUCACGCUUUAAGUACACUUUGGAAUCAAGUGCUGUUCUUGAUGUUAAAACAGUUGAUGGAUGGAAACUUUCUUUUCAAAAGCUACUUGCCCAUCUGCCAAAAGAAAGUUGUAUGAGCAGAGAUAUGCCAGUAAGGUUGCUGUGUUGGUAUCUUGAUCCUGCCCUUCUAAAACAUAAUAUGUCGCAAAUCUUGCAAGAGGUCAAUAAAAGACCUUUGCUUUGCCUGAGUAUGGCCUUCAGUGAGAUGACAGAAUGGCAUUGCAUACUGAUAUCCUUGACGCUUGCUCCAGCUCUUUUCAUUGAGGCUAGGGCCCUAUUGCAUAAUUGGUAUCUACUAACGGGUUUGGCUUCUGUGUUGAGGCUUCAGAUUCAGUUGGUUUCACUGGUUCUAGACAUAGUCUCCAGACCAAUGUCGUGGGGCUUAUCAAUGGAGACUGGGUCCAAAAUGCCAUUUUGUGAUGCAUAUUUCCCGUACAAGCAAAAAUCUAUAAGAAUUUUGGCUGGACCUCUGUCGUGGGAAAAUUUUCAGCAGCUAGUUCAGAAGAUAAGCAGAUUGGUUUCUCAGGGGGGAAAAGACUAUAACGGAAGUUCUGAGCAAGGGGUGUUGAAGAUGGAACUGGUGGAUCAUAAAUCUCUAUGGGCUACUGCUAUAAACUUCCCUGAUUGGUUCUUGUUUGCCUGUCUACUACUCUUCUCUGCUCCAGACUUUCAGGGCAUUUCCCAUUUAAAGUACAUGAUACACUCCACUGAUAAAUCAUAUGAUGAGGAAGUGCCUUAUUGCGCUGCUGCAGCGAGGUAUAUUGCAUGGAUAUUGGACCCUGUUACCGAAUCUAAUCAAGACUUGCUAGUUGAUUAUUUGACCAAACUAUCAGGAUUAUGGACUUCAAAGCGCUUUAGCUCAGGUAAAUGCUACCAGGCAUCACGGGGCUGCAAGGAAGAAAGUGAAAUUGAAUUGGUGUGUCUUGAAAACAGAAUCCUCAAAUAUGACAAUCAUUCAAAUUGGAUCUGGUUGAAGGAAUUUCAUGACGUGUGCGUUAGAUAUUGCAGACAAGUUACUGGUUUUGCAUCUGUAGCAGCACAAAUAUCACAAGGAGAUUGCAGCCAGCAAAGUAGAUUAAUUAGGAUGAUCCCAUUAGGCAUUUUGAUUGGAUUCCUUGAUUCUGUAGAUGAGGUAGGAUGUGAAUUAUUUUUGCAUUAUGCUGCAACUGGUACUGUCUUAAAAUGGACAGAAACACAAAUUCAUGGACUGAAGCAAAACGGAAGGAUCUGUGAAUGGCAGGAAGAGCCAACUACGUGGAGUCAAACAUGUACGGCAGAAGAGGCUGUAGCUGGAGCCUCUGUUGUCUUUGAUCUAACUGAUGUAACUGAGAAGAUGUCAGCUUCUUUAUUUGAAAAUGAGGAGAGUGGCUUAAAGUUUCUUCAUGGCAUGAAACUGAAGGUUGGAAAGUAUCUCCUCAAGUGCGUCAAGAGGCUUCUCCAUUUUCAAGCUGAUGAAGCAGCAAAACUUAUAAUGUAUAGGGACCUCGUCCAUAGCUUAGUACGGUGGGAACGUCAAGGACAAGAUCCCCAAGACUACAAGGACCUGGAGGAUGUCAUCGACGCCUUGAAAGGUGCAUCAGCUUUCUUGUGAGGAGAUUGUGUAAAGAAGAAAAUUUCCUCCUGCAAAUUAGAAAAGAAUCAUUGGCCUGAUUGGAUAAUAAUGUUUAACUUUGUACAAGUGCAGUAUACGUAAAUGCUGUUGCAGCAAAUGUAGUACGCAACCUUUUGGGAGCAAAUCGUUCCCCGUAUUUUUUACCUUGAUGCUUUUUUGCACGAAUAUAUCCUGAAUU